GGCCGGGCUACACAGCCUAACGUCAACAGAAGCAAAAUGGCGGACGAGAAUCGGUGAAUUUUGCAUGUUUUUGAACAUUACAACCUUCCCUACAGUGAUCCAGUGAUUUUUGAGUUAUGCCUUGAGAUAUGAGGAAAGCCAAUGGAUUAGCAGUUCUUUGUAGAUCAUAUUCAACGAUUUAUUCGAGGACAUCGCAAGUUUCUUUUGGAUUGCAUCAGUCAUGUUUGCCCACACUCCAACCACAGCAUGUUAUAAAGAGAAAUUUAGCGUCUUGUAAAGAGUGUUUCAGAAAACAACAUUUAAGCUCAUAUGCUUUUGGUAAAYGCAAGAAAAAUACCAUUCAWGUUGCAAGUAGAAACCUUUCAUCUGGAUCAAAUGAUGGUAAAAAGGAACCUCCUGGAGACAAGACUUCAUCAAAAGUUUCCCUUGAUAAACUUGCAAUCGGAAAUAUUUAUGAGAGUCCAUCGUGGAAGUUUUACAAGAAAAAUGCACCAGAGAUAGACUAUUCCAAGAAACAUCACCAUAACACAUUUAUCUCUGAUACAAGAGCCAUGAGUGAUUAUCUUCUCAAACCAAGUGAUUUAGAAGGAUUGAGGACAAAAGCUUUACGCAGUGCAUAUACAAAAACCCAAGAUUCACCAGAUAAAUAUUACCUCAAAUCAGACGUUGAAAAGAAGGCGUACCAAGUGUGGGGAAGUGCAGAAGGACUUGCUAAAGAAAUAUGGAAUAGAAGAAAGGCCCUAGAAGAAGAUGAAAGAUUUAGAAAAGGUUUGGCAGCACUAAUAGGCCAUUUAAAGAAAUCAGUUAAAGACCAUUCCAAGAAAAGCCAUGAUCAUAUGGUUUUCGGAGGAAGAAUCGAUAGAGAGACAAUGCUGAGAGGUUCAGCUCGAGUGGUUGGGUAUGCUAUGCUUAGCAACACGGCGGUCAUGAUGUUCAAGUUUGGUGCUUACCUUUACACAGGAUCAGCUACCAUGCUGUCUGAAUCGAUUCACUCAUUGGCUGAUCUUUUGAACCAGUGUUUGUUAGCUGUUGGUAUCAGAGAGUCCAUAAAGAAACCGUCUUCUGAUCACCCUUAUGGUUUUUCCCGUGCAAGAUAUGUGUAUUCACUUAUAAGUGGUGUAGGGAUCUUCUUCCUUGGUGCCGGUGUAUCUGUAUACCAUGGAGUAUCUACCCUUAUGGUUCCGUCACCUUUAGAGAACCUACUUGUGGCUUAUGCUAUCCUCGGUGGGUCGUUUAUCAUGGAAGGAGCAACAUUACUUGUAGCUGUCAAUCAAAUUAAAAUAAGCGCCAGAGAAAGUGGUGUCUCAUUCAAGGAAUACUUGGUUCGUGGACGUGAUCCAACCUCGGUUGCUGUCUUGAUGGAAGACGGUGCUGCUGUAACCGGCGUUACAUUGGGUGCCCUGUGCCUUGGUCUGACGUCAUACACAGGAAGCCCAGUUUUUGAUGCCAUUGGCUCAUUAAUGAUUGGAGGUCUUCUCGGGACUGUAGCGUUUUUUCUUAUAAGUCGUAAUGCAGACUUUUUAAUUGGAAGGUCGAUGCCACCAGGAAGAUUAACUCAAAUUAUCGAGGUUUUAGAAAGUGAUAUUGUAGUAAGAUCAAUACAUGAUGUGAAAGCUACUGAAAUGGGUGCUGAUACAGUCCGUUUUAAAGCUGAAGUCAACUUUGAUGGACGUGAAAUUAGUCGAUGUCAUUUGAACAGAGUUGAUUUAGAACAAAUGCUUGCGGAGGUUCAAAAGCUUACAACAGUGACUGAACUAGAACAAUUUAUGCUAGAAUAUGGAGAACAAAUUAUUGAUGUACUUGGACAACAGGUGGAUCGUAUUGAAAAGAACAUCAAGAAAAAGAAUCCCGAAGUCCGUCAUGUCGAUUUGGAGAUUUUAURAUAAAUAAUGRAUGAUUGUAAUUAUGUUGAAAUAUUUAAAAUUAAAGAAUUAUCGUUCGUGUAA